UCACCGAGUGAUUAAACCUAAACUAAAAGCUAAAUAAGAAGAACAUUAGCGAUUUAUUUCUGGAAAUUCUGAACAAUUAUCCCGGAACAAUUAUCCCGGAACCUUGUUUCGCCAGCGGAAGUUGCUGGAGUCAACCGCGUGCAGCUGCAUCGGUGGUGAAGACUCAGGUGUGGAAUACAGUCUGUAGUCAGUGAAGUAUGGCGAGUGUUGAGCAGGUGGCAGCAGUAGGACAGGUUCUGGUGGACCCAGGACUCGACCUGACCCGGCGCUUCAGAGCCUUAUUCACCCUGAAGAACCUGGGAGGUGCUGAUGCUAUAGAAUGGAUCAGUAAGGCCUUCACUGAUGAGUCUGCCCUGCUGAAACAUGAGCUGGCCUACUGCUUGGGACAGAUGCAAGACAGACGAGCCAUACCCACAUUGACUGCUGUACUCAAAGAUACACAACAGGAGCCGAUGGUCAGGCAUGAAGCAGGGGAAGCUCUGGGAGCAAUUGGGGAUCCUGUGGUUCUGGACCUACUCAAAGAAUACAGUGAUGAUCCUGUCAUGGAGGUUGCAGAAACGUGCCAGUUGGCUGUUCAUCGUUUGGAGUGGCUGCAGAGUGGAGGAGAGAAACGGCUGGAUGAUGCAAACACAGAUAAGAACCCCUACUGUUCUGUAGACCCAGCCCCUCCAGCAGUGAGAAAGAGUCUGUCAGAGCUGCGCUUGAUCCUGUUGGAUGAGAGUCUGCCACUCUUUGAACGCUAUCGGGCCAUGUUUGCCUUGCGCAACCUUGGCAGCGAGGAAGCUGUUCUCGCACUUGGAGACGGCCUGCAGUGCUCCAGCGCUCUGUUCCGUCAUGAGAUUGGCUAUGUCCUGGGUCAGAUGCAGCACCCGGCAGCGGUGCCAGCCUUGCGCGCAGCUCUGGAGCAUUCCACAGAGAACCCCAUGGUUCGACAUGAGGCGGCAGAGGCUCUUGGCUCCAUCGGCAGAGAGGAGUGUGUGGCUGUGCUGCAGCAUUACCGUGAAGACAGAGAACGUGUUGUGAAGGAGAGCUGUGAGGUUGCUCUGGAUAUGCUGGAGUAUGAAAACAGCGACCAAUUUCAGUAUGCAGAUGGACUUGUCAGGUUACAGGGUUGAAAGUCAAUAUCCCAUCUAAAGAGGUUUUCAGAACCCAAAUCCUGCUCUGUUCUGUUACCUGACACAUCUGGACAGCUGUGCUAUGUUGGAUCCUGCAGGAAGCUUUACACUCUGUACUUGACACAUGAAAUCAAAACUAAAACUGUCAAAGCCUAAACAAACCAGACAAGACUGAUGAGCUGCAGCAGGGCUCUUAACCUUUUGACGUGUGGGUGUUGCUGUGUGGGGAACAGGGAGAGGGGACACUCCUGUUUGCUCUUUCCCUCCUCAAGAUUCCAACGCAUCGCGUGUUAUGUGCUAUUUGCGUUUUCUCCAAUCACAGUCAGUGACAAUAAACAGUAACACAGUGUUUAUACA